AUGCUCGUGACUGUCCCAUAUCGAAAUACCGAGUUACAGGUGAGCAUUGAGUACCUUGUCGAACCAGAUGCUGAGGGCUCAGUGGGCAAAACAAUUCUUAGAGACGAACCCACGCUGUUCAUGGGCACUCCGUUGAGAAAAUUCCAUCGUGUGCUGGACAGCAUACUGAGGCCCGAAUUGCAGUCUAUAAUCUGUCCGUCGUAG